CCGCCAUGAUGCAUAAGUAGUUUAAUAAUGCGUCUCCAUGAUUUCUAUAAAUCUGGGACAUUCUGCAUCUUUGUUCACAUGUGCUUGGAACUGGAAUGAAUUGAUGGAAUUAAAGUAUCACUGUGGGAUGAAAAUAAGAUCGCACAAGGGCGGUGUUACAUAGAAAAACACCUGAAACGCGUCAUGAAAUCGCUAAACCGGGACAAGGACGUGGCCUGAUCACGUGGUAUUGUGGUUUGUCGACCUGUUUUCGAUAUUAUUGUGCUGUUUUCACAUCGAUUGUAAUAUUUGAUCAUUUAUUGUUCAUUUCUUGACCACAUGCAGUAGGUAUGACACUGUGAUCGGCGACCACGACUGUUAAAACAGCUUCCGAGUGCGCUCAGACGCUUGUAAUGCAAUGACGGUCACGUGUUUGUGUUUCCGAUGUUAGGGUUGGGACAGACCUGACUGGGCGACUUGAUCGCCGAUGACAGCUCCUUUGUUCGACGGCUGCUUAAUUGGUUUUGAAUUCUAAUCUGAUUACUAACAGGUGAUGGGCUGUCAGUUGUUUCUCCCGGGUGCAUGUCUGGCCCACUUUCUCUGAGGAUAUGUUGCAUGGCCGCAAUGGCUCCCGCGCUAACGGAGGCGGCAACACAAGUCCGAAUUAAAGACACGCUUCCUGGUACGGUUUCGCCACCUUCUGUGACAUCUGCAUCCGCAGUUCUGAACGGCCGAGAUCUGAACGGGAAGAGGGACAUACCGAAAUAUACAACAGCAAAGAAGUUGUCCUUGAACAUAGUUAAUUUGCCAAGAUCUACAAAACAAUUAAAACACUUUGCAGAUCACCUGUUAAAGAGUUCCCCCAGUGUUAAAUUGGCCACACAGUCGUUGUCAACAAGCCUGAAAAAUUUAAGAGUAGCACAGAUUGGUUCUAUUGUCGGGAAAGAGAAGUCGCAUACAGGUUUUCUCAACGGCACGGUUCACCUAUGCACUGCAAAAUCUUUAAUGAAUGGUAGAUAUUCCGAGAGUAUGAAUCGAUCUUCUCUACAAAAUGAAAACAAAUGUCCCGGUAAAGAAGAUGUCGCAUCCGAAAUGGGGAAGAAUAAUUUGGUUAAUGGACAGAUGUCUAACAAAAAUGGGUUGGACUGCCACGGUGAAGGAACUAAACUAACAAAUGGAAAUAUUUUGCCAUCUCGUUUGAACAACAUGUGUAAGGACAGCGAACUGCUAAAGCCCACCAGUGUUACAGACACUGGUGUGAAAGAUGGCAAAAUGUCCCCAAUACCAACAUCUUGUAGUGUGCAGGACACAGCCGAGAGUGAAAGCAAGAAUCCCAGGGAUGAUUGCGAUACCCCCCAGACGGAGGCGUUACAGCAGGAUGUUAUUAAACAACAGUUUCAGUUGAAAAGACGAGCAGAUUUCCUGCUGAGGCGGCUAAGGCGACUCCAGGGAAGACAGCUGGAAGGUCACUCGCGCAAUCAGCUUCGCCAUUUUGUCGACUACCAACACAAACACCUGCAGACUGUCGUUAAAUCCAUCCAGGCCCCUGUGAGUAGCGAUGCCGACCUGAAGACUGAUUUACUUCAGAGUGAGGACGUCAAAAAUAUGUCUACCUCUGCGCUGGUCAGUUUGGUGCGAAAACUUCAGGCUCCGAAAUCGAUGUCGAUGAAUCCGAAACUGCUCUCGGUACACCAGCAUGCGAACGCAAAGACUGAAACUCUGAUUCAGACUACUCUAAAUGUGUUGACAAUGGACGCAUCGGUUAAACAAGAAUCUCAUCUGAUUUCCAAUCACAUUUCAUCCCAUGUUCAUUUUGUCGAAUCUGUGCUAGACUCCGAUGCGACAGAAAGCAGUUCAGGUGGAGAGAGUGCUGACGAUUUUGAAGAUUAUUACAAAGGCAAAAAGACGCAGCAUGUUCCAAUAUAUCGUAGAUCAGAAUGGAAAUGGUCAAGAGACCGGGCGGGAAUAGCGUCUCGGUGGACGUGGCUACAGGCGCAGGUUUCUGAUCUAGAAUAUCGCAUCCGGCAGCAGAGUGAGAUCUACAAACAGAUUCGCUCGACGAAGGGGAGCGUUGUUCUUGGUGACACCCCAUCACCGCAGAACCUCCUAGCCAGACUUCACCCCGUGAAACUGGGCCACAAGGCCUCACCCCUCGAUGCCCUAUCUGCUAAUCUGGACAACCGGAAGAACGAGACCUCCCCGUGUAACAUCUCAACGCUCCUAUCGAACGUCGACAAACAGGCUUCGCGGCUCACGCAGUCGCUGGGAAAUUGUCUUUCACCAAACAGUGUUAAAUCAACUAACUCCUCUCCCGGUCGGUCGUUGAACGGUAUUAUCGACUCCCCGUUGGGAAAUUCGGCUCCGGGGGGUUUUGUGGAUAAUUCGGACGCUAACGGCGGCAGUCCCGUUCGGACUGUGGGUGGAGGUGAUAUUCGGUCGACGUUGGAAUCUGAUACUUCCCCACUUGUCGACACGCUGGCUCAGGCCGCGCGGUGCCGUCCCAUACGGAGUUUCCGAAAACGGAAAUUGUUACAGACUAGUGGCUUGUAUCUGACCAACAGAAAAGCGGCCCGUCUUUCAACUGUUAAAUGUAAGUGCUAUCCGCCAGACUCGCAAUGUCCUAUGUGUGGCGGACGCUACAACAACACACAGACGCUAGACAGCGACACAAUGGCACUUCACGAACGGGUGUCGCUACUCGAUCCAGACUUUCAUCCUGUGCUAUCGUUUCCUCAAGAUAUUCCAUUACCUAUUUAUUUUGAAGCUCUCCUCAAAACAGGCGAGUGGCAGAGUAAACAGCUACCCAAGAGAACAAAAAAUGAGGUGCAGAAAAGAAAAUACAGACGUAUUCAAGAUCCCAUGGGAAAGGUGAAUCGCCAAGUUCGCAAAAGUGCAGCAGCUGUUUUGGUUUCAUCUAAAAUUCGCAGUAAAUAUGAGAACAAAACGGUGCGUAAAAACUCGUCGCAGAAAAACGUAUCUACGCGGCGACUGAAGACUGAAAUCAAACGUCGUGCAGCUAAGUUAGCUAUUGCAGCCAUGAGAAAGCGUUCGGACCCCAGCAUCUCUGACUCGUUUUGUCUGUCUGUGGAUGACCUGUCGCCGGUUCCAUCCCCGCUGUCGGCCAGCUGUCCAGGUUCCUCGUUCAAGGAACAGAAGGAUGCCGUGCUGAGAAAGCGACGUGGUGAAACCGAUUACGAUAUCAACAAUAUUGUCAUUCCAUAUAGCAUCGCCGCCGCAACCAGGGUGGAGAAACUGCAGUACAAAGAAAUAGUAACACCGAAGUGGAGAGAAAUUUCUCCAGAAGACAGUGAAACACCUUCAGCAGACAAUGCAGGGGAGAGUACUCUGGACUUAGAGUUACAGGAGAAUGAAGACUUGACUGAUGAAGCCUUUCUACAGCGCCAUCUGGUGUGCGAGUUAGAAGAGAAGAAGCGUUUCUCGGUCUUUGUUCAGUACCCAGCUCGCCGUGGUCGCGCUCGCUUCGACAUCGGCGGAUCGAGCAUCAAUGAACCUGCAUCUCCGGAACCCAGUUUAGUCGUCGGCGACAUGCAUCAACAGCAGCAGGAGUUGUCGUCUACCCGACCACAAACACCCGAACCACUGAUUGCAGGUAGCCAGGCGAUGCUUACACCACCCGCCCAGACAUCUUCGCCACAUCUUUUUUCAGCCGUGAUGAAUCAGGGGUCAUUUUUCGACGAGUAUCUGGCAUUUACGAGAAGGGGUUCAGUUUCCCGGAGAGAGAGACUAAGUUCGGGAUCAACUGUAGAAGAAAUGGAGAGUGCCGAACCGAAAAUGAAAGUAGAUCCGUGGCCGUCAAGAACAUUCCCUCUUAGUGACUCGGAGUACGAUGUUAUGAAAGCAGAGACUCCACCAAUGCCUGAGCGGGUGCGGACGCGGGUGCGGAUUGUUUCGACCCCUGCGCGAUGUAGCACACCCUCAAGUAGCAUGCCCUGUUCUCCGCUGCCCAGCACGUCGUCGGACUCUGUGAUUAGCGAAGAUCCGAAUGACCCAGAAUGGAAUUUGUCAGAAGUUGUCGAGGACGACCAAAAGAAAGGCUCGGUUGUGUUAAGAAUCACCAAGAGAUGACAUUCAUAAUGCAGUGGCUAAGAGAGAGUAAGAACAGAGAGAGAGGGAGCCGUUUCAGGUUUCAGAACUCCUGUUCGGGUUGGGUUUAUCCUCAGCAAGUGUCUAUAGACCUCAGCAAAGUGAGUUUCCAUGGCAACUGUGUCGACUGCCUGCAGCAGAACGUUUCUCUCCCACCGGAAGAUGUUCCUCCUGUUAGCAAUAUAAAAAGAAUUGAAAAUCCAAGUGUUAAGAGCGAGAAAGGAGGUUGUUCCAAAAAUGUCUGAUUGGCAUUUCCAUGGCAACAGGGUCUGCGUUCUUGUCCCCCACAAGAGGGUGUUUUGUCUGACGCAGAAGGGUAUUCAUAUCUGCAGGAAAAAGAAGUGAGGACAUACUUUUAAGAGAGAGAGAGAGAGAUGGUGUGUUCAGAAAUGCUGUCUACCUGGAUUUUCCUUGCCCAGUAUGUGGACUGCAACAGAGUGGGUUUUCACGGCAACUAUCAAUAGAUUGCAGCAAGGUGUGAAUCUCCAAUAGGAGGGUGAUCCUACGCACCCACCGACCCGAAAUGAAACAAGUGAGAAUCUAAUUCUAUGAGCGAAAUUAAUUCCACCUUUACAGUGCAGUUAGACUGUAUAGAGGAUGGGUUAUCUUCCCUUCAAGGCGAGGUGAUGUAGGGAAUAGUCGGUCCAGCAAAACGAAGCACAAGAUUUUUAUUUCCAUCAGUAAAUCAGUUCCAACAGGUGCCAUAGUUGUUUCCAUCAGUAAAUCAACGUACGAGCUGCCAUAUUUGUGUCCUUGGACAGUUGAGCAGUUGGUCAAAGAGCGAACAGAAUAGUAUUGGUUAUGGUUAUCAGCAAGGGGUUUCACCGUUUAAAAGGCAGUGAUUAUUUUGGCCCCAAUUGCUUUUAAAAUGGUGGCAUGUUUAAUGGUAUCGAAUGAAGAAUGGUCAAUAAGAAGCUAGAUUUGAAGAGAGGAAUUAAUGAAAAGUCUUAAUAUGUUUAAAAGACUAAUUGAUGCUGUGGACAUUGUGAUUGAGAAAUAUCUUGUAGAUUAAGUCCAGCUUUCUGUUGAUGCGAUUUCGUGGGUUUUCGUGGAUUUUCGAUAUCUGCGAUUGUACGUAUAUUCAGCAUGCUGAAAGUAAAUCGAUUGAGUGAUAUUUUUUUUCAUUGCAGUGAUGUCAUACCACUAGGCAUAUACUUUUGACAUACAAGUACAUUUCGACAAUGAUAAAUUUUACUGAAGCGCUUGCAAGCUACACACUGAAUAAGUUACACUCCUGGGUUGCGGGCUGCAUGUCUACAACACAAUUGUACAUGCGCAUGUAAAAGUACUUGUUACAUGCAAAUAAUCAUUGCAUUAUUAUUUUGUCAUAGUAAUCUGCUUGCAAAAAAACAAAGAUCUAGAAAAGCACGUUUCCACGAAACCACAUUUAUGGAAGGCAUGGGCCUAUAGAAAAGACUGUUUUCAGACCAUUACCUUUUGAUAAUAUUGAUGUACUAGUAAAACAUACAAGUCCUAGUGUUUCCUGGUGUUAUUUUUCAAAAGUCCAUCUUGAUAACUUUAUUUUUCUGGCAGAUAAUCAUAGUUUUCAACUAAGCAAGUUUGUUUGCAGAUGUUUUUUUUAUUAGAUUUGUUUUGCGGGAUGGGUGGGGGUGUUGGAAUUUGUUUUGAUUUUUUUUCUGACUAUCAUCAUAGGAGGUUUGGUGCAACAAUUUUGUUUUGAAUAUUUCCAAGUGUUUGCUGACGGUGUCAUGUUAAUGGUGGUGAAGUGAGGUGUGAGUAGUCUUGCAAACACAAUAGAUUUUUCCAACAUGCAGUUUCCUGUCAGUAUAAAAACCGAAUGACAUCGAGAUGCAGCGCUAGCUCCGGGUGAGCAAAAUAUUUUACCAAAUUGUCUAUUAAACUUCAAAAAUGGCAAAAUUCAACAGUUAUUUUCUUUUUAAAAUGACAAUUUUUCAAUGAAAUUAUUUUGCCAAAUUAAAAUGACACUUCCAAACUGUUUUUUAAAAUUGACGAUUGGCAAAUUUGACGAGUGCCAGAGCUAGCCCCGAGAUUCAGUAAAUGAUUGAAAGAGUUUGGAACGAAAGAUUGUGUCAUGUCGGUUAUGUGGGUUAAUAAUGGAUCAUUAUUGUUAAUGAGGGUGGGAGAAAUAAUAUAAAAUAUACAGAUUUUUCACAUGGUACCAAUACUGAAAGUCAGUCUGUGCAGCUUAUUCUGGCUUUUGGUUGUAAAAGGAGUGUUGGGUAUUUGGUGUGUUUGUACAAAUAUAUAACAUCUAUUCAAGUAUUGCCUACAUCAUUAAGAAAUAUCUACAGGAGUCUGGGGUCUGUGUUUAUAAAACUUUACACCUCAGACUUAAAAAACGAGCAGUUUUCAGACUUUACAGCUUGUAUGGACUUGACUUGUAUAAAGUUUAGACUAGUCUCUGUCAAUGUCUAGAAGCUUUGUCAUGGCAACACAUCCAAAUUGUAUGUGCGUGACAUCUUUAGAGGGUCGAGCAAGGUUUUAUUCAGCAUUUUUUUGUGAGCAUCAUCUCAUACCUGAUGAGAUUGGAGAAAUUAACAUGAAUCGCUCAUAAUUUAUCAGAACAGACAUAAAUACCAAUAUUUUACACAUCAAAUUUGGAAUUUUCGGUGCCACUUGGUUUUGUGAAGUAGCCCAUGUCUAGUAAGUACCGGAAAACUCCUGGAUGAAUCCCAGUUGAGUCUAGACCAUAGUUUUAUAAAUAUGGCCCCACGUUUCAGUUUUGAUCAUUCUAAUGAGACAGAACCGCUAUAUAAUGUAUGCUUAAGAAAAUGGUGUUGCCUGUUCAAUCAUAAUUGUUAAAUUAAUUUGUCGGACAUAAUUACAAAUAUUUACACAUCAAAUUGUGAAUUUUUAGUGCCUCUUGUUUUGAGAAGUGGGCCAUGCUCUGUACUGCAGAGUUCCUGGAUGAAUCUGAGAUGAGUCUAGACCAAAGUUUUAUAAAGUAUGGGCCCAGGUUUCAGUUUUGAUUAUUCUAAUGGUGCUGAGCCACUAUAUGUAUGCUUAACAAAAUGUAGAUAUGUUAGGUGUGCAUUGGAAAUUGUUCAUUAACCGUGUUCAAAAGCUAUUCUUUGCCCAUGUUGCAGAAUCUGUGUCCAUAUUCAAAGUUAGUUUGAGCUGAGAAUAAGCAGUUGAUUAUAAGGGAAAACGAGUAUUGGAUAUUUACAAUAAGGUUGGCAAGAAAAACAAGCCAUAAAGGAGGAGGAAAGCACAACAGCAUGAAGUUGAAAUGAAUUUCUGCCUGAAUGUGUAAAGUAAAUGUUAGAUCAUAUGGGAGGAGAACUCAACAGCUUGAAGAUAACUGAGUGUUAGCCAAAAGGUAAAUGAUUUCAACUUUGGAAGGAGAACUUUAGUGUGAAGUUGAAUAAGUGGUGGAUCCAGAUAAUUAAUAUAUGUGGAGGCCCUAAUGACAUAUGGUAGAAGGCCACAAACGUUUUCCGAAGAGAUUCUUUGAAUUCUCCAUCUGAAAAAAUUAAAUUAAAAUAUAAAUGUUGCAAUAUUUAGGAGUCUGGGGCCCUGACCCCCCCUCCCCCCACCGUGACCCCCCCCACUCCCCCACCCCCUUUAGAUCUGCCACUGUAUAAAGGAUUGUAUCACGGAAGAAUUCACAAUAUAUGAAGUAGAAUCAUGAUAUUAUUUCAUAGAAAAACAAAAAACAUUUUUCUAUGAUCAUUUUAGAUCUAUCAUCUUGAUGUCCUUUGACCGUUUUGUGAUAUUUUCACCAUUAAACAGGACAUGGGAUGUCUGUUCUGUUUUAAAGCAGAAUGUUCUGAUGAUCUACAUAAGCUUUGCAAUAAAUAAAACAGGAUCUGUGUGUCCCGAAUUGCCUGCUCCUGGGUUUGGCGGUUGUCAUGGUAUUGUACUAAAGCAUGAAUGGCUGACUCACAUUUUAUAGUCUGUGCUGUAAAAAUUGCUCUUCUGUAUUCAUUUCCAUGGGAACAACAACAAAAUGUAUAUAUAUAUUAAUAAUUGUGAUACAUAAAAAAAAUGUCUUGCUCAGAAAUAACAGAACUUGAGUUAAAACGCAAGAUGUGAAAAGCAGGUUUUCUUUGUUAUGUAUUGUUUUCCUUUUAGUUCUUUUGAUGAGACGCUUGUUUGCAACGACAAACAAAAAGAGUAAUGUUCUCUUUUUCUUUCUUCUCUUUUCUUCUUCGUCUUCAAAGUAGUUUGAAAGAUUUUAAUUUUUUUAACUUUUCCUACAAAAACCAGAAUUUGGAAUAUUUUAUUUUUAAGAAUGAUUAAACUAUUAAAACUUGGUAGGUUUUUACUCUGUUUAUUAAUCAUAUUUCUAAAGCAUGUGCUUUAAAAUUUUCGGAUUUACUUUCUGACACAGAAAUGUAGGUAAAUAAAUCAUUUUUGGAAAUAUGAAUAAAACUUAUUUGUGAAUACAUAAUAAACCAGAUAUGUUUGAUCCUAUUUGACUUGGCCUUGACAUAUGUUUGAGGAGUAAUAUUACUUUUUCUUUGUGAGUUGUAUUUGAGUAAUUUAUAAUUUUUAUGUUGCGAUGGCAGAUAUUUUAAGAUGUAAGCAAUGCAUUUUGUGUAAAUUUAAGAAUAUAUUUUACUAUGGUUGAAUGACAUUAUGUGUUGGUAACUCUUAUUCUGUUGUUUCUGAGCUCCAUGUUUCAAUUAAGUGCUUGAGAUUUUGUAUGUUUGGGGCAUUUUAUGGUGCAGAUAAAACUGUUAUCUAAACAACCAGGAUAUUUUUAAAUGUUUUUAUUUUAUCCCAUAUAAGAAGGCUGUGCUACUUACAUGAUUGAAAAAUAAAUAACAGAAAUUUCCUCUUUUUUUUUCUCUGUCUAGCUUUAAAAAACCUUAAUUAUGUAUGAAAUGCAUAUUAAAAUGCCUGACUUCAAAUUUGAACAAUGUGUACACACAAAACUCUCACAAUUAUCACCUAUCAUAGAUGCAGGUAGUUUCAUUAGAUGUAUGUAUUAUCGUAAGAUACAAUAUUACAAUAUAUACUACCAGUGUACCACUCGUAUAUGUAUUAAGGUAUGGAAUAUAAGUCCUUUUGGUUUUCUUUUUUAAAGAUUGAAUAUUAAUUCUUUUUUUUUUUCUUUUUUUUUUUUCUUCUUAUAAAUGAUUGUUUGAAAUAACAUUAAAAUAAUGUAACUAGGAUUAUAUAGGUAGAGAUUCAUCUGUGUUAUUAUGCACUUUCGAUUUCAUUCCAGUCAAUUAAGUUUACCUCAGUAUCAAAAUAAAACAUUUAUGUAGUAAUGAGAAGAACCAUCCAACAAAUCCACUAAUAAGAUGGCAGGUAGACGUCCUCUCUCUCUCCCCCCCCCCCCCCCCCCCCCCCCCCCCUUUUUCACCAAUAUAAAGAACUAAAGAAUAGUCAUUAACUGGACUGAUAUGUUCAGCUGUACAUAUCUGUAUGUGUACCUCUGUGUUUUUUAUGUUAAGCUUGUGUGUUUUGUAAAUUUCUUUUUCUCAGUGCUUAUAUUAUGUAAGAUACCGCAAUGACACAGUUGGAAUAGACAGAAAAAUAUGCCCAGGACAAUCAUCAGUUUGACAGUGUUAAUGACCGAAAGGUUAGACAAAUGUGCGUAGGUGUACAUUUGUAUGUACCACUUUUAGGGUGUUUUUUUUAUAACUUUCUUUUUUCCUUCUUUUUUUCUUCCGAAUGCUGUUUUUAUAUCAUUGAAUUUUUUUUUUGAUUAAGGUUAUGUAAUUUGUAAAAUAAACUUACGUUUUUGUAAGAUGAUUCAAGUGUAUAUUUUGUACAAAUAUUAAGUUUUGUACAUUAAUAUUGUACAGUGAUAAUGCUGAUAUUUUAAUACAGUUUGCACAACUUCCGUAAUAAAAAAAUAGUACUGAAGUUUUUUUUACAUGGAAUUUUGUAACGAUUAAAAACUUCUUUUUCCCCCCCCCCCCCCCAUAAAUUUAUGUUGUAAUAAGAUGGCCAAUUAAUAAUUGCCUUUUCCUUUGAAUAUUUAUAGUAAUGAAUACAAUUUAAAUUCUCAUCACUUUCCAUUUAUUUUUAUUUUCAUUAUGUAAUUUUAAUUUAAUUUUUCUCAGUUUAUGUGUACAAAAAGGAAACUCAGUUUUUUUUCAAACCCCUCCCAAAAAAGAAACACCACCCCCAAAAAAGAAGAGAGAAACAAACAAAACAACAGAAACCAUGUAAUCAUGCUAAACCAGCACACUGAUUUGGCAGUCUUCAAGUGAUAUACUUUGUGGCUAUACAUAUACUUCUCAUUUCUAACCUAGCACCAUCCCUCAAACCCACACCCAUUCAACCCCAAUGUCCACUAGACGUGUCAAUCUAAAGCUUCACAAAUGAUAACUGGAACACUAAUUAUUUUAUUCCUCCUUUAUUCCGUUGCUUUGACUGGCCAAUACAGCUAUUCCAAUUAGUAUGCAAUAUUGAAUACGAAACUUGUCAUACUGUAAAAGUGUUCACCUCGCCCCUCCCUGUAACAAAUUGUGGAACUGUUAACAUUAUAUUGUUUACAAUGGGGAGUGUGGCCAAGUUAGAUUGUAUCAUAGAUAUACCUGUCUAUAGAGUCCACUGGAAUGGUUCUCUCUGUGUUGAUGUGUCAUUAAAGCUGCAUUCUAAAAUAUAUAUUUUCUUAUUUAAAGCUGCAUACUCGAGUAUACUAUUUUAAAAAUAUUGUUUAAAGCUGUAUUCUUAAAUGUAUUAUAAUUUAAAGCUGCAUUCUUAAGUAUAUUAUAAUUUAAAGCUGCAUUCUUCAAUAUAUUAUAAUUUAAAGCUGCAUUCAUAAAUGUAUUAUAAUUUAAACCUGCAUUCAUAAAUAUUAUUUAAAACUGUAUUCUUAAUUCUUAUUCUUUAAAGCUGCAUUUGUGAGUUGUUUUUAAAGCUGCAUUCUUAAUGUUAUUAAUAUUUAAAGCUGUACGAGUAUGUUUUUAUUUAUCCGUAUAGAUAGACCGUUAUCACUGAACUGUCUUUACUGUCGCAUAACAUUGCUUGAUAUCGUAUCCUGUGGAUGUACUUUGUAAACUAGGUCACAUAAAAAACUUAGAAGUAGGCCUUUAACGAAGUAUCAGAAAUAUGGUCACAGACGUUCUUGUUGCAUAAACACUGCUCACUGUUUAGAUGUCCACACUGAUGUUCUUAAUGUGACACACCAGUCUUAGCUGAUGGACAUUGUGGGAUCCGUCACUAUUUAAGUCCCAACAAUGUGGAAAUAAGAUGGCAGAAUACGUCGUCAUAUUGAAUUUCUAGUUUUAGCUAGUGCAAUACAACUGGUCUUACGAAUGCCGUGGUAUGUUCUAUCAUGUCUUGGAACUGGUGCAUAUAAAAGAUCCCAUGCUGCUAAUUAAAAAAUAGUAGUUUAUCGAGUGGCAAUAGGUUUCCUGUCUCGUUAUUUGUGUUGUCCUUUACUAUGUUUUAGGACAUAAAACCGUAAAUAAAAAGUGCAUUAUUUCGUACUUCAUUAUUUUAACCAGUGGCUACAUGAAUAUUUCAACAACAAAACAAGUUUAACUAAAUUGUAAUUAGCAUUGGUAAAAUAUUUUACAAUAUGGGUUGGUAGGAUUGCAGCUUUAAACCCAUUUAUGUACAGAUAAACUACAACUGUGUUCUUUAUAAACAGGUGGGCGUUAAAACCAGAUGGUUAAUUAAUUGCGUAAUACAGCUGAGUUAAGAAAUAACCGAGAAACUAUAUGAAUGUAGUAAUAGUAAUACUGCAUUCAGUGUUACCUGAUGUAUGCAUUAUGAAUAGCUGCAACUGCCUGUAUCGAUAACCUUUUGUGUAUACUAUAUUUCAGAUGUGUACAAAUUGAAAAAGAAAAAAAAAGCUUGUUAAAUCUUGUAAAUUGUUUUUGCUGUUGUACAUAACAGUAUAGUUUUAUGAGAGUUGCCCCCGACAGACAAGUGGGGGACAGAAUAUGAUGUUUAUAAUUUGUACUACUUGUUUUCUUUUUUUUGUGCAUUUCUUGUUGCGCUUUUUUCACCAGACGCAUUUAGAAACUUUACUAAGCAAUGAUGUGUUCAUGAUCAUUCGUCUAAAACAUGUUGCACAGUAAUAAAGAGGUAUCAUUUUCAA